AUGCCCGUAUGCAGUAUGCAGCAACGCAAGGCAAAAGAACUGCCAACAGCAUCCUUAAAGUCUGUCAUGCAAAAGGGGCUCUUGAUGUUGCAGCCGCCCAAAAGAACUUUUGAAUGUUCAGAGUGUGGAAAGAAAUUCAGUGACAGGAGGACUCUUCAACGUCAUCAGAGAACCCACACAGGGGAGAAACCUUUUGAAUGCUCAGAGUGUGGAAAGAAAUUCAGUGAGAGUCGCACUCUUCAAUGUCAUCAGAGAACCCACACAGGGGGAAAAACUUUCGAAUGUUCAGUAUGUGGGAAGAGAUUCAUUAAGAGUAGCGAUCUUAAAAAGCAUCAGAGAACUCACACAGGGGAGAAACCUUUUGAAUGCUCAGUGUGUCGAAAGAAAUUCAGUGAGAGUGGCAGUCUUCAACGUCAUCAGAGAACCCACACAGGGGAGAAACCUUUUGAAUGCUCAGAGUGUGGAAAGAGAUUCAGUGAGAGUGGCACUCUUCAACGUCAUCAGAGAACCCACACAGGGGAGAAACCUUUUGAAUGCUCAGAGUGCGGAAAGAGAUUCAGUCGGAGUUGCCGUCUUCAAUGUCAUCAGAGAACCCACACAGGGGAGAAACCUUUUGAAUGCUCAGUGUGUGGAAAGAAAUUCAGUUGGAGUUACCAUCUUCAAUAUCAUCAGAGAACCCACACAGGGGAGAAACCUUUUGAAUGCUCAGAGUGUGGAAAGAGAUUCAGUGGGAGUGGCCAUCUUCAAAGUCAUCAGAAAACCCACACAGGGGAGAAACCUUUUGAAUGCUCAGAGUGUGGAAAGAGAUUCAGUCAGAAUGGCACUCUUCAGCAUCAUCAGAGAACCCACACAGGGGAGAAACCUUUUGAAUGCUCAGAGUGUGGAAAGAGAUUCAGUCGGAGUGGCCAUCUUCAGUAUCAUCAGAGAACCCACACAGGGGAGAAACCUUUCAAAUGCUCAGAGUGUGGAAAGAGAUUCAGUCGGAGUGGCCAUCUUCAAAAGCAUCAGAGAACCCACACUGGGGAGAAACCCUUUGAGUGCUCAGAGUGUGGGAAAAAAUUCAGUCAGAGUGGCCAUCUUCAAUAUCAUCAGAGAACCCACACUGGGGAGAAACCAUUUGAAUGCUCAGAGUGUGGAAAGAGAUUCAGUCGGAGUGCCAGACUUCAAAGUCAUCAAAGAAUCCACACAGGGGAGAAACCCUUUGAAUGCUCAGAGUGUGGAAAGAGAUUCAGUCGGAGUGGCAAUCUUCAAUAUCAUUAUAGAACCCACACAGGGGAGAAACCUUUUGAAUGCUCAGAGUGUGGAAAGAGAUUCAGUGAGAGGAGGAGUCUUGAACAGCAUCAUAGAAGACACAGAGGGGGGAAAUCGUUAGAAUUCUCAAUGUCCGGCCGCGGCUUGCCACACCUGGGCUCGUUAAUGACCCCAAUGGACGCUUUGAUAUUGGAGAGACAGCAUCCCAAUGAAUGA